AUGCCUACUAAUGGAACUGGUGUAAAAAGAGUCAGUGUUCAAUUUGGUAGUUUAAGUUUAUUGGAAACUUCUGAGAAACAGGUAGAAAUGGUCAAAAAUGAUCUUUCGUCUCUUGCCCAUCAAGAUGAACUUUCUAAUUCUUCUACAAACAACAAGAACAACUCUGCUGCUACUGCAUAUUUAAAUCAACAUCAUUUGGGAGGAAUAGAGCCAAUAAUUUCUCCCUACACUUCUUACAUAAACCAACCACCAAAUCAAUUGUCACAAUUUGGUAUUGGACCCAUUCAACCUAAUUAUGCUACAUUAUAUCCUGCUGAAGCUCAGCGAGGAGUAAUGGGAUAUUAUGCAGACCCUUCAUAUCCACAAGCCUUGCUCGUUACAUCUUCAGUAGGUGGAUUUCAAGGAAGAGACAAGUAUUCACAAGAAACACCUAGCAAUUCAUCAUCCACACAAUCUGUCAGUGCAUCACCUUAUGGUUACCCCACGACCCCUACUACUCCCAGCACACCUCAUUACUCAAACACCAGAUAUGAUGAAAUGUCUCCUCUGAUACAUCAUCUUCCUGGUGCAGUGCCUAAUGUUCACAAUUAUCAGAAAACUUAUGGAGGAGGCAGUGGUAUGCCACCAAUUAAUUUCUUGGGUAAUGCAGGAGGUGUUAAUAGCAAUCCACAACCUUCCUCUGCAUCAGGUGGAUCAAAUACCACUACAUCAUCAAAGACUGGUAACAAUAAUUCAGACUUGAAUCCUCAAGGCCAAUACAAAUCUUAUCAGGAUAAAACUUCUGCAUCAGGCCAACAACAGUCUUCGGGGGUUGGUCAAUCUGGUGCAAUACAGCAUCAACAACAAUCUAGCACUCCCAAUUAUUAUAGUCAACAACAAGCUCAACAAGUGUUUAAUAGUUAUCAAUAUCUACAAAACCAUCAAUACCACCCUCAUCAAGCACAUCAUCAAGGUGCCAGAAAUCGUAGUCAAUACUGGAAUCAAAAUUAA